CGUCGACGACCUCGAUACAACGGAUCUCCGACGACUUGAUUACAUUGGUAUUCACCUCGGAUCGUCACCCUCUCAUAGAUAUAUAUACCCCCAAAAGACAACAUCUCUUCUCAGACUCGUCAAUAUGCGUCCCACCUCCGUCGCCCGAGCUCUCCAGGGAUUGAUCCCCCCCAAGAUCGCUACCCCUUCGUCGGUCUCCUCCGGAGCUUCCUCCGCCCGAACCGAGAACGUCGUCGCUUUCUACAAGUCCCUCCCCAAGGGACCCUCGGAGCACAAGGCCGGCGGAUUGAGGGGCAGAUACUUUGAGGGCAAGAACGCUAGCGGCGCUCCCGUCUUGGCCACCAUCCUCGCCCUCUUCGGAAUCGGCUACACCAUCGACUACCAGAUGCACUUGAAGCACCACAAGAACGGCCACCACUAGAUCGUCCCAUCUUUCUCGCAAACGUAGCGUGGAGUUACCCUUUCCCUUUACUUCCGGCCUCGCUGGUGGUACUGUCGUUACUGCUGGCA